AUGAAUGAUGCCUAUUACCAACACAUCACAUUUCUCUUGGUUGGGAUGCCAGGGCUGGAGUAUGCACAUGUCUGGAUCUCCACCUAUCUGAUGGCCAUUCUGGGAAACUGCACCAUCCUUUUUAUCAUCAAGACAGAGCCUUCCUUACAUGAGCCUAUGUACUAUUUCCUUUCUAUGCUGGCCUUAUCUGACUUGGGUUUGUCUUUAUCUUCUCUGCCCACGAUGUUGGGGAUCUUCUUGUUUAAUGCUCUUGAAAUUUCUGCCAGUGCCUGCUUUGCCCAGGAAUUCUUCAUCCAUGGAUUCUCAGCACUGGAGUCAUCAGUCCUCCUGAUUAUGUCAUUUGACCGCUUCCUAGCCAUCCACAAUCCUCUGAGAUACAGCUCCCUCCUUACAUCUGUCAGAGUUGCUCAAAUAGGAAUGGUAUUCUCCUUUAAGAGCAUCCUCCUGGUCUUUCCCUUCCCCUUCACUUUGAGAAGCUUGAAAUAUUGCAGUAAACGCCAGUUGUCUCAUUCUUACUGUCUCCACCAGGAUGUCAUGAAGUUGUCCUGCUCUGACAACAGAAUCGAUGUCAUCUAUGGCUUUUUUGGGGCUCUCUGUCUUAUGGUAGAUUUUAUGCUUAUUGCUGUGUCUUACAUCUUGAUCCUCAAGACUGUUCUGGGAAUUGCAUCUCAAAAAGAGCAGCUCAAGGACCUCAAUACUUGUGUUUCACACAUCUGUGCAGUGAUCAUCUUCUAUCUGCCCAUCAUUAACCUGGCCAUUGUCCAUCACUUUGCCCAGCAUGUCUCUCCCCUCAUCAAUGUUCUCAUGGCAAAUAUUCUCUUACUUGUACCUCCACUGAUGAAUCCAAUUGUCUACUGUGUGAAAACUAGGCAGAUCAGAGUGAGAGUUGUGGCAAAAUUGUGUCAUAAGCAGAUAUAA